AUGGCCGAAGGUGGUCACAGCCUCGAUCAGCGAUCAUGGAACUGGCGGCUUGUGAAACAGCGCCUUGCAAGUGAACGCUGCUUGCGCGGUGGAAAUUUCAAUAUUAGUGUCUAUCAUGGCAGUUUUUGACAUCCCGGACACUCUAUCUAUCGCGUCGUUACGAGCUAAGUACGAACUUAUUCUUUUCCUUUCCCCUCACCAUCGCCCGCGACGAUGAAGGGUCCAGCAGUUGACCUCCCUGGUCAUGCUCGCUCUGAGUCGAUCGUGCCCUUGCUCCCGUUUGCUGAGCAUUCGCGCCCUUCCACUCCCUCUUCGGCGACCUUUCCUGCGAAGCAAAGCUAUCGACAGCCUGUCGUUGAUGUUCAACGUCGGCGACUCGUGUUUCUUGCGGGGGCGAUCCUGUCCGUCGUGUCCGUCGUGGCGCUCGCUAUGCUCACCGUAGGCCGUUCAUCCUCAGGUUCGACCUAUGUCGUCUCCGACCUUGAGGCACCGGCCGUUCCAACGUCAUCCACCAGCGACAUACCGCUCUAUGACAAUGAGUCAUCGCCCGUUCAAUCUGCUCCCACAGCAGGGUCCUCCGAGGCAACCCAUGAGAUUGUAGACGAGGAACUACCGUCUCACUCGCCGUACUUGCUUGGUUUUCCGACAGACAGUUUCAGAGAUAACCUCAGAAAUGAUACCAAGUACAUCACUUCGUGGAUUUCAGCUGGAUGGAAUAACGACGUCAUGACCUACGCUAAUCUGAUUUACCUCGGCCAGAUUGCUGACCGUGUUCCCAUCAUUGGGAUGUUCACUCCUUCUCACAUUGGCGGUGAUGCGCCGCCCAUCUCCUUCGGCGAAGUGUUCAACGUCUCUCGUUUCAUCAAAGAUUCAGGCACACCUAUAGUAGAAUGGGAUGAAGUGAAAAAUCCAGAAAGCGAAAUCCUCGAUGAUAUCGGCUGUUGGAAUAUAUGGGAAGCUGUACAAUACUACGAACACUAUCCUAGAGGAAGCGUCGUUCCAGAUUUGGUUGGACUUGAUAUUUCUUACACGCGUGCACCCGAUUGGCUCAAAAUGAUUCCUAAUUUUGAACAUAACAAGUGCAGCACGUUUUGGAAUCUGGCUCGUUUGGCUUAUCCAGAAGACCGUAAUCAGAGUUUAGGCAAUACACUUCCUUCUCCUCAACAUGAAGUUAUUCUUGAACCGGAUGAACAUCUGCUUUGCUAUGACUACUUGUACUAUGCUUGUGCAGCGCAGACAGUACUUCAGGAAUUUGAAUUCGAGCAUGACUAUGCCCCAGCUUGGAAAUAUGUUGCUAAACACUUCCGUUGGUCUGAUCGAGUUGAAGACGUUACAGCACUCUAUUUGAAGCGCGUCUUUGGUCUGUCUGAAGAUGAUCCAGUACCUCCGUACAUUACUAUUCACGUUCGUCACGGUGAUUUUGGUGGCUGGUGCUGGGAAGCCGAGCAACCUGAAGAUUGCUUCGCUCCGCUACCUGUCAUUGCCCGCCGCGUCAGGGAAGUUCAAGCUGAAAUUCGCGAGCGGAAGGGUAUUGACAUCCCGAUGUCAAGAGUCAUUAUGACUAGUGACGAAAAGGACGAAGGGUGGUGGAACGAGGUCAAAUCCUAUGGCUGGGUACAGAUGGACCAUACCGAACAGAAUACUGUUGAAAAUUACGGACGAUGGUAUCCUGUCAUUCUGGAUGCUGCGAUCCAAUCCAAUGGACUCGGCUUCGUAGGUACCGACCGCUCUACCUUCUCCGUCUUAUCCAAGCGUCGAGUGCAAGAUUGGCACGAUGGCGCGACGCGCAUGGUUAAAUGGGGCAAGAAGGACGCCGAUGCGCAUCGUAAACGCAUGCUGAUGGAAAUCCCUGAAUGAUCCCUCUUUUUGGUCGAUGCUGGUGUAUUCUUGACAUAUCUACGGACUGCUCUGCCCGAGUUGAAUAAUCCCAUGGACUUUGUUCGUACUAUAGCAUUAUCUAUUCAUUAACCUUCUUAGACUGAACCUAGACCUACCUCCUCCGUAUGUUCAUAUCUUGCUCUACCAGUGCUGUAUAUACCACAUGCUGUAUCAUACCUACCUUGUUGUCGCACUCGUUGGAAUUACAUUCAUUUCGUUCUUGCAACCCCAC